AUGGGUUCUAGCACAAAGAAGAAGAAGGAGAAAAAGAAGGACUUUCAGAAACCCAAGUUGAAAGUCGGUAAAGCAAAGCCAAAGGCGGCCAACUUCACAGACACAAGCUUCAAAUCCAAAUCCAUCGUUGUCAACCAACAAGUCCUUUCAGCAGAUGCGUCUGAUCCAACAGAACAGUUCAAGCAGAAUCUCUCCUUGGCCAUUACCGCAAAAUCGGAUAACCAAAGGCGAGAUGCCUUGGCUUAUGUUACCAACCAGCUUUCAGCUACUCCGCCAAACAACCCUGUUGGAACAUCAGGCAUCUUGACAAAGCUACUGCCCCUGAUAUCAGACGGAUCUGCAUCGGUCCGCACGCAGCUGCUCAAAUUGUUCCGUGCUCUGCCGCCGCUUGAGGUCAGGCCACACACCGAGAAGAUUCUCAUGUACGUCCGGGGCGGUAUGACGCAUCUGUCAAACGACAUCCGCACCGACACUCUAAGCAUCCUGGAGUGGCUGCUUGAGGUUGCGGGAGACGAGACUGUAUCCUGUCCCGGGGGUUGGCUGAAGACCCUGAAUAGCUUCAGCUCGAUGCUAGGCUGGAAUCCCAGUGUUGGGUCAGCCAUAACGAGUAAAGGCUGGACCUCGGCGUCCAAGACAACGCUGGGGACGAAGAAGGGCCCUGAAGCACAGGCAAGGCAGAUUCAAGUCCUUGCCAAGUUCCUCCAGACCGGCUUCCGGCCAGAGGCGCCGGCUCCUUAUAGCCCAGGGGCGUACUGGGAUAACAUCUACCGCCUCCCCGGGACGCCGACUCCCUUUGCCUAUCUGAACCUCUUUGGCAUGCCCCGAGACGAGGAUAGCGAGAUGUAUCCCGACCGCAUUUCGAGACAGCGUGCCUUUGACGCAAAAUGGAGGGCCGCUAUCUCCGCCGGCAUGGAGGAAGCCAGGAAAGAAGGCGGAAUGGUUGGCAGAGCUGCUGCCACGCUAGACCGAGCGUUGACCGCUGGGCUUGAGCGUGAAGUCUCGGAGCAAGCCGCUUAG